UUGACAUUAGCAGUUCAAAUUUUGAACAAGUGAGCAGUUGACCAGUGUGGGUGCGCACCAUACUGCUCUCUCUUCUCCUUGGUUUUUCCGAUUCAGCAAUCAGAAAUGUUAAAGCCCACAUUGAGAACCCUACAAAAUUAGUUUACAGAGGAGCAAAGACGGAAAUGGUGUUUAGCCGGGAUAUAUUCAAGUUUCUGGUUAGAAAAGAUGUUCGGAAGAUACUCAAGCGCAAAGACAGUGAUGCCGGCGAGCGAGGAAGGGCUCUAGAAGACUUGCGGGCUUCUUUGUUUGACAAAUUUCAUUCAUCUGAAAAUGCAAAGCGUCAACAACAGCGUAUUUGUGGCCCUACUGUUGCUCUUACAUUCAAUUUUGUGGUCGCCAUCAGUAUUAUCUUCAUGAACAAAUGGGUGCUUAAAUAUGUAGGGUUUCAGUUUCCAGUAUUUCUCACUUUCAUUCACUAUAUAGUAAGCUGGUUUUUGAUGGCCAUUUUAAAUUCUUUUUCUCUCCUUCCGGCAUCUCCUUCCUCAAAGUCAACUCGUUUAUCAUUAUUUACUCUUGGCUUUGUAAUGUCUCUGUCUACCGGUCUUGCCAAUGUCAGCUUGAAGUACAACAGCGUGGGAUUUUAUCAGAUGGCUAAAAUUGCUGUUACACCAUCUAUUGUUUUGGCAGAAUUUCUGUGUUAUAGAAAGAGAGUUUCUUUCUCCAAGGUGGUUGCACUAACGGUAGUGUCUAUUGGUGUUGCUGUCGCCACGGUAACAGACUUGCAAUUCAGUCUGUUUGGUGGUUGUGUAGCGUUGGCUUGGAUAAUUCCAAGUGCAGUCAACAAGAUCCUCUGGGCAAAUAUGCAGCAGAGGGAGAACUGGACAGCCUUGGCGUUAAUGUGGAAGACAACGCCGAUCACUUUGCUUUUUCUGGUAUCCAUGAUUCCUUUCUUAGAUCCCCCCGGUGCCUUUUCCUUUCACUGGAACGUAAGCAAUACAUUGGCAAUUCUCAUGUCCGCCGUUCUUGGUUUCUUCCUUCAGUGGUCCGGCGCUUUGGCACUCGGAGCCACGUCUGCCAUCACACAUGUUGUUCUCGGACAAUUUAAAACUUGCAUUGUCCUCCUCGGAAACUACUAUAUCUUUGCUUCGAAUCCAGGUGCAACUAGCAUUUGUGGAGCUUUUGUAGCUAUAGGAGGUAUGUCUUUCUACACAUACCUCAACAUAAAUAACACGAAACCUCAGUCCGGGAAAUUGAUUCCUCGGAAAGGCUCCUCCUUACCAAAAUCUAAGUUAGGCGAUGAAAACAUGGAGAAGCACGAUGGAUAUGGCACGGAAGCAGUUUAACGAAAUACUGAAAAAUAAUUCACGAAAACUGAUUCAUAGUUGAGAAAAAAAUUUAUUGUUGAUUUAACCUAGUUUUUUGCUUAGAUUUUAUAUUGCCUCUUGACACGAUGAAAUAGGGAUGCUGGUUAUUUGAACGUUUAUUAACCACACUUGUUUAGUUUGCUUGGCUUGUUGUUGGAUAUUGAACAUUGUAUAUACAAAUCACAUUUGUAUUAUUUGUAUUUGAGUAAAUAUAAUUCCCAUGGUUUUUCUCUU